UUAUUCCAUUUCAUGCUUUUACAUACGAUACAAGGUAGUUGAGUUUGUCUAGUGCUGUAAUCUCUGAGCUUGAACCUCACCAACCACCCCUCUCUGAUUUUCGCCACGCGCCUUCAAACGGUAUUUCUUAAAUCCACAGAAAGUUCCAUGGAAGGGUUGGUGAGUUCUGGGAUCAACCCGGUUCGUGUUUUUGGCGUUGGAAAGCGCCAAUCUCGUUUUCUUACAGCAUCUACGUUGCAUCUGAGGAAGAGUGACUGUGGAAUUGGAAUUGGGGUUGUGAAGAAGAAGCAGUGUUUCGUGGUGAUGGCUUCUGCUGCUUCUGUUGGGGGCAACAAAGUGGUCCAUUUUGAGAAUACGCUUCCUUCCAAAGAGGUUCUUGAGGUUUGGAGGAAUGGUGAUGCUGUAUGCUUUGAUGUGGAUAGCACUGUGUGUAUUGAUGAAGGGAUCGAUGAGCUUGCUGAAUUCUGUGGGGCUGGCAAGGCUGUUGCUGAAUGGACUGCUAGAGCAAUGGGGGGUUCUGUUCCAUUUGAGGAGGCCUUGGCUGCUAGACUGUCUUUGUUCAAUCCCUCUUUGUCUCAGCUUCAGAAUUUUCUUGAGCAAAAGCCCCCAAGGCUUUCCCCUGGCAUUGAAGAGUUAGUCCAGAAGAUAAAGGCUACGGGCAUGCAUGUUUAUCUUAUCUCGGGGGGCUUCCGCCAAAUGAUAAAUCCUGUUGCAUCAAUACUUGGGAUUCCACAAGAGAACAUUUUUGCCAAUCAACUACUUUUUGGAAGCUCUGGAGAGUUUCUGGGGUUCGAUAAAAAUGAGCCAACUUCAAGAAGUGGAGGAAAAGCUGUUGCUGUCCAACAAAUCAAGAAGGCUCAUGGAUACAAAACGUUAACUAUGGUGGGGGAUGGUGCAACUGAUUUUGAGGCGCGUGGAGCAGGUGGUGCCGACUUGUUCAUUUGCUAUGCGGGUGUUCAACUACGAGAAUCUGUUGCUGCAAAAGCUGAUUGGCUAGUUUUCAAUUUUAAAGACCUCAUAAAUUCGUUGGGGUAAUUUUGUUUCUUCUGCAUUUGUUUCCAUUUGAGCCCGCUUGAGCGUGCCCUAUUUUUUAUGUUACUAUACAUAUUAUUAAGAGGAUUAAAACACGAUCCCCUGUAGUUGAAAUUAAACUACAGGGUCCAAUUCACCGUUUAAUUUCUUUAUACUAUGUUUCAUUUAAUUAUUUAAUGUAUAAAAAUAAUAGCGCUGGAAAUUCUCAGCAGUUGUUUUCAACUGCGGGAUCGGAUUAUAACAUACAAGUGUGAUAAAACGA